CCCCCCCUCCUCUCCCUUCUCUGCCAUUGAGUCUUGCCUUCCCACCUGGUGGAGAUACGGACGCUAUGCACCGCAUGGGUUUUAAACUAAAGGCAAGAUGGACUCCCGGAACGAAUCAGGGAUCAGUCUAAAAUGUAUAUUGUCCGCUUUGAAGCAGGGGCGCAGUCAUCCAGAACAGAUUUCUCAGAGCGUUUCUCUCACAUGACGGAUGGCUCUGGCAUUUCUAACAUUUUACACUCAAAUAGCAGCUCUUAAAUCUUACUUACAACAUCUUUAAUAUAGUACCCCUUUCAUUUAAUUUCCAUGGACAACAAUGUAACUUCUGGAAAAACAAUCGAUAAUAACUGGACUACUGAAAAAUAAUCUUUUCCUUUCUGGCACAGCCAAAUCGUGCUUUAAUGUGAUAUAAUAAAGCAGCAAGGAAUCUGAACAAAGGAAAUAAUUUCCUUGAAUAUGUUGAUUAUUUUGAUGAUAUAAUAAUCAACAUAUUGAUGAUUUUGGCGUUCAUAAACAUGUGUUAUUUUUCAUCCGUCUAUAUUUAUGAAUUCAAAUGAUCAAUAUUCAGGUUCUUUGCCUUAAUCUGUGACCCAAGCAUGACUUCAGUAUUGAACAACCUCAUUGCACUAUGAAAAAAGGAUAUGAAACUUUGGUCGGAACUCACAUUUCUCAUUUUCUGACUCAUACGUGCAGAUAAAGCUAGUUUAUUAAACCCCACUCAAAGUCACAAUGUCUCUCAGCCUUGAGAGACAUUCAGAUGAACUAAAUAUCGGUGCCACUGCAGUCUAGGAGAUGGCAUCGAACCUGGCGGCUAGAUGAACACAGCCACCAUGAUCCAGCCAUUGUGAGAAGAGGGCAGCUGCUGAAACAACCAACAUUUUACUUCAACUGCCAAACAUGACGCUACAACGUACCAACGUCAAAUGCACCAAAAUGUACAAAACCCUCCUUCCCUCCUGAACAGUCCAAGAGUGACUUAUAAUCAGGGCUCAAGCUAGGGUGGAAGUGAUCCACCCAGUCAGGGUUGCGUCUCCACUCGCUCUCUAUCCGCCGGUCGUCAAAUCCACCAUGAUUUCUUUCCAAGACUUGUGGCCAUGAAACCCGGUGCCCUCUACAGAAGCGUACGGCUAGCCGUGGCUAGAAUGUUCGUCCUCAUCUUCUACAACUAGGCCGCGGGUCGAGUAGCCACCAGAGCAUGGAGGGACACCCCCCCUCGAACACCCCCCUGACGGUACUGCUGGGCGCCUCGCUCUGCCUCCUCAUCCUGCUCACCGUCAGCGGCAACGUGCUGGUGUGCGUCGCCGUGUGCGCCACGCGCCGCCUCCGCUGCCUCACCAAUUGCUUCAUCGUGUCGCUGGCCGUCACCGACCUGCUGCUGGGCCUGCUGGUGCUGCCCUUCUCCGCCCUGCUGCAGCUGACCGACGAGUGGCCCCUGGGGCCCGUCUUCUGCAACAUCUACAUCUCCCUGGACAUCAUGCUGUGCACCGCCUCCAUCCUGACGCUGCUGGCCAUCAGCAUGGACCGCUUCCUGGCCGUCACCAUGCCGUUGCGCUACGCCGCCCUGGUGCUGCCGGGCCGCGUGGCCGUGGCCAUGGCGUCCGUGUGGACCGUGUCCCUGGCCGUGUCCUUCCUGCCCAUCCACAUGGGGUGGAACACGCCCAACGGCACCGUGCAGAACCACCGGCCCGGCAAGUACCAGCGGGCGUGCAACUUUGAGCUGAACGGCGCGUACGCGCUCACGGACUCCCUGAUCACCUUCUUCCUGCCGCUCUUGGUCAUGUGCUGCACCUACUACCGCAUCCUGCGCAUCGCCCGCUCCCAGGCCAAGCGCAUCAUUGGCUCCCGGCCGGCGUGCGUCGUCACCAGCUACGACGCCGGAGGCAAUGGCCGCUGCACCACGACGACCGUCGCCUCCAGUGUCACCGCCGUGGCGCUGCGGGAGCACAAGGCCACGGUGACGCUGGCGGCCGUCAUCGGGGCGUUCACCGUGUGCUGGCUGCCCUACUUCAUCCUGUUCAACGUGGCGGGCGUGAAGGAGCAGGUGCUGUCGGGCACGCUGUACGAGGUGGUGCUGUGGCUGGGCUACGCCAACUCCGCCCUCAAUCCCAUCCUCUACGCGGCGCUCAACAGGGACUUCCGGUCGGCGUACGCCCGCCUGCUGGGCUGCCGCUGGCCGAAGUACCGGGAGGCGUGGAGCAGGCACCAGUGUCCGCUAGCAGCGGGGAACGAGCUUACAGAGGUGACAUUGCUGUGUGGUCACAACUCCGCCAACUGCAGCGCAGGCUUAGCCGAGGAACCACAUGCGUUGGAGGAGGUCAACAACCGCCCCAUUGACAACCAGCUCACGAAUGGUUUCACUCCAACAGACGUCAAUGGCAAUGAAAGGUCAUGAUGACGCUGAACAAGAGAGGAGGAUGUUGUGUUCACCGGCCGCCCGGCCCCCUUCUAGCAACCUUGAGGGCACAGAUAGAAACAUCCAGAACGGUGGAUUAAAGAUGUGUGCUGGACUGCAUUCUUGAUUUUUCCAAGGUACAGUUAGUGGGGGAGAAAACGAACAUCAUGUGUAUAACAUCAUGUCACAUUCAACUCUUUUGCUAGACAAAGUGAUGAAGCGAAACUCCUUGAACAAGGAUGAAUCUCACCGUUUAUAGAGACAAGCGCUGCCUAGCAACAAAAGAUGCUGCGUUAUCCAAGACUGCGGGGAAGGCUGAGUGACAGCAUGUGAGAGACUGAUACCCUGUUGGAGAUAUCCAACAGGGACCAUGCAGAGCGACGACGAGAAGACUGAUGCUGGUCGAUGUCUAAUUUAUUUUCAACUUGAAAAACUCAUUGUUAUGCUUAACUUGUUCUUGUUACUUUUUCACAAUGUGAAAGGAAAUAUAUAAAGUGUUGUUUUGAUCCGAUGGCUGUUUGCCUGUUUGUCAGCCCUCCUUUCGUCGACAUCUUUCAAACAGGAAGGAGCAGAGCUUUUCAACUCCUGCGUUUAUCUCGCAGGUACACAAGAUUAUGUUAUCCAGAUGUAUUUAAGAACUAAGUUGUGCCAAUCGUUAUCUCUUGUUCGGCCUCAAAUAUUGUCACUUUGAGGAGGACCGAUGAUUCGAAGUAGCAGUAGGGCUAGCCCCUGUUAUAUUUCAACGGGAAAACAACUUGAAGUCCACACAUACUCAGACGGCACUGCACCCAAGAGGAAGCAAGAAGAACUGCAACUCAGCAUGACGAUAUGGAUGACAGGAGCAGGUAGGGCCUAAGUAUAAAUUAAAACAGUGUUUCAAAAGGGUGUUUUGAUGUGGGGAUACUUGCUGCAGAAUGAACUGAAAAUGUAUCCAGUAUAACGAUUUUAUUAGUUUCUUAUUCAGUCAGGCAGCCAAAUAAACCUGAUGCUUUAACUCA